AUGCUGAAUCCAGUCCGAAAUGCCAGCCAGUUUUCGUCCCAGCUUCGUCCUCUGCUGAACCAAUUGGAUUCAAAUCUUCCUGCAUUCAAUCUGAACGCAAAAGACCUCGAUAUCAUUACUCAUCCCCAAGACUUCUACACUACAUUGCUAGACAAGAUUGAUAAUGCAAAAGAGAGAAUAUUUCUAACUUCCCUCUAUUUAGGCAAAGAUCAAACGGAGCUUCUAAGCAAACUAACCUCAUCUCUGGAUAGAAAUAAGGAUCUCAAAUUAUACAUCUUGAUGGACUAUCUAAGGUGUACUAGAGACUCUCCUAAGACUAGCACGGCCUCUGUAUUGAGCAAAUUGACUGAAAAAUACGGUUCCAGGGUAGAUGUUAGACUCUAUCACACUCCAAACACAAACAAGUUUUGGAGUAUGGUGCUGCCCUCUCGAUUCAACGAAGGUUUAUUGGGGUUACAGCACAUGAAAUUCUAUGGGUUCGAUGAUGACCUGAUUAUCAGUGGAGCAAACCUCUCGCAAGAAUACUUCCAAGACAGACAAGAUCGUUAUUACCAUUUUCGUGGUUGUCACAACCUAUGCAACUACUACUUCGACUUACAAUCGGCGGUUUCUAGGAUUAGUUACAAGAUAUUACCAGAUAUUUACAAGAAAUUCCCCAAAGACUAUAUUGUCAACUGGCCAAGCACCAAUGCUACAUGUGAACCAUAUAUCAAUAGUGACAGAUUUGUGAAGGAUGCUUCUCUACUGCUGACUAAUAUUCUUACAAAUAGAACUGAAGAUGUAAACGAAAACCCCACUGAUACUGUAGUGUAUCCCAUCUCCCAAUUGACUCCUAUUUUGUCAAAGGAGAAACUCAAUACUGAAAAGUCGACAAUUUUUCAACUGUUAUCAUACAUUAACAGCAACUCUUUAAAAUGGGUAUUAACCACUGGCUAUUUCAACAUGUAUCCACCGUUCAUGAAGAAAUUGUUGACCCCCACCGCCUAUCCGAAGGAAGAUAUGGGAAAAGUGAUCUGUGCCUCACCUCAGGCAAAUUCGUUCUAUAAAUCUAAAGGCUUUUCCAAACAUGUUCCUGAAGCCUAUUUGCACCUUGUACGCAAAUUUAUCCGACGUUUGACAGAUUCAGGGUUGCAUAAGCAGAUCGGCGUUUAUGAAUGGCAAAAUGGAGUCGUCCACACCCCCAACGGAUGGUCUUACCAUGCUAAAGGUUUGUGGAUCUAUGACAAAGAGACACAAUUACCCAAUAUUACUGUAGUAGGCUCCACAAAUUAUACGAAGAGAUCCUACUCGUUAGACCUGGAAAAUAACCUGGUUCUUGUCACCAAUAACUUAGGCCUUCAAAAAAAGUUACAAGGUGAAGUGGAGAACAUACUGUCACACACCACCAAGUUUAACUCUCUAAAACAGUUUGAUGAAAAAUACAAAAUACCAUACUGGGUGAAGACUGUAACAGAUAUGUUAGGAAGUCACUUCUAA